AUGCUUAAUGUGGAUCAUAUCAACAUGGCUCAUCUCAUCAUCCACUCCUUGGCCAAUACUCUUGGACUGCCAUUGAAGGACCUCUAUAUCAGACACCGCCAGUCUCUUGCUCAGGUAUUGUCAGAAAUAGUCAAACAAGGAGAAGUGGGAGCAAUGCUGAGCCAUGUUGCAGAGGUUUUCGAAUGGAAUAUAUCCUCUACAGGAAGUAGCAGAAAUCAAGGCAAAAGCAGUGUAGGACAGUUCAUAAUCAGUCAGAUACGGCAUUUACUACCAGCAUUAGCUGUGCGUGCAACACAGGAGGCCAAGCCAGGGCUACUGCAAGAAUUAGCAGGCUGCCUCUCUCUUCGUUUACGAGACAUUCUCAUAGAUCAUUUCCAGCAUAUUUUGGCAUACUUAGUAUUCCAUUAUCCUCAAGAAGAGCAGGAGGCUGUAUUAGACUUCAUAGCUUCCACUACAGAUAUCCACAUUCAGAAUAUUAGAAGAUGCUCUGUGCAGAACCAGGUCAAUGAACUGAUCCUUGGUUUGCACGACCAUCGGGAUGCUGUCUUGCGAGAAUUUUCCCGUAUGCGAGCUAUUGAGCAGAGCAAUAUUGCUGAGUAUUUGGCACCUCGACUCUUAGGAAUUUUAGGAUUCCUAGACAGCAAGCUGGUGUCAUCUUCCACUAUGUACAAGGAUGAUGAGUUCUUUGAUAUUGGGUGCAGUGCUUGGGACAAACUUCCUGUACAACACCUUGGAGGGUUAUUGGAGGAAGUGGCUGUUGUGGUGAAGCCACUGGUCAAGGAGCGACCUCAGCAGAUGGCACCAGUUUUAACAAAUGUCUUGGUUGAAAUGCCAUCUAUUAGGCCCCUUCUAGGAAUUUGCCUCUCCUUCCUGAAGACCCUGCCCUUACACAGGUCAAUCAAGCCAUCUUAG